AUGCCUAAUCCGCUUCCCGAGUUCAGCCCCGCGUGUCCAAUCCCGUAUAUCCUCCAACCCGAAGAGCGAGUGAAACAACUGCAAACCAUUCUAGACACGGAUCUCGGAAAAGUUCAGAGAGUGAAUAUCGAAGCCCUUAUUCACCUAUACGAGAUUGGCGAGCUUGGACCACGCCAGCGAACUGAUCCCCCUGUUUUCCUGGUUGAUGGAGUUCGCGUUGAAAAGGACCCAUGGAAAGAUAAAUCGGUGCCAGCUCACGCAUUGAGGUGCUGUGAGCCCCAACAAAUGGUCCAAUCUGUGUCAGAAUCCCUCUCGUUUUCGAAUGAGUUCCAAAUGCACCAGCUCUAUGCCCGGACCAGAAUUCCCCCCAGUAUGGCGGAUGCAAACUUGACUCAUCCUAUCUUAGUUUGCAAUGAUACAGGCAGCAAUAUCCUUACCAUUUUCACGUCUGAUCUGUUAGCGCUUCGCUUCGAUAUGACACUUCACCUUCAAGCCGUAUAA